AUGUCAGGACAAAUUCAAGGUACUCUACCGAGCAAUACCGAGAAGAAUCCAAGGGAGCACCUCAAAGCCAUUGCCCUACGGUCAGGUAAAGCUCUUGAUGAUCCAUAUGCGGAUCGACAAGGAACUCCACGAGAGGUAGAACAGGUAAAUGAAAGCGAGAAUAAGGAUGAACCUAAGCUUCCAAGUGAACAAAAAGAAAAAAAGAAAAAGGUGGAAGAAAAUGAAUUCAUUAGAAAUCCUCAUUUUGAACCUCUCCCCUUUCCCCAAAAGAUGAAGCGAGAAAAACUUGACAAACAGUUCUCAAAGUUUCUGGAAAUUUUAAAACAACUUUACAUUAAUAUACCUUUCACAGAUGCUUUGACACAAAUGCCUUCUUAUGCUAAAUUUCUUAAAGAUAUCUUGUCAAGUAAAAGAAAAUUGGAAGAAGUUUCUGUCGUUAAGCUUACAGAAAAAUGUAGUGCUAUACUUCAAAAUAAGCUUCCACAAAAACUUGGUGAUCCAGGAAGUUUUACAAUUCCUUGCACUCUAGGAGGUGCUCAUUUUGAAAAAGCAUUAUGUGAUUCAGGUGCAUCAAUAAAUCUAAUGCCUUUUUCAAUUUUUAGGAAAUUAGAACUUGGUGAAAUGAAAGACAUUGGUGUGUCUCUUCAACUGGAGGAUCAAAGUACUAAAAAACCGAAAGGAAUAAUUGAAAAUGUUCUUGUAAGAGUCGACAAAUUUAUAUUCCCAGCAUAUUUUAUAGUACUUGAAAUGGAAGAAAAUACAGAGGUACCAUUAAUUUUAGGUAGACCAUUUCUCGCUACAGGUAGAGCAAUUAUUGAUGUCCAUCAAGGACAAUUGAUACUACGAGUUGAUGAGGAAAGAGUGAUUUUUGACAUGCAGAAAAUAAUGAAAUUUCCUAAGGAUGAGUCAUCAUCUUCUUGUUUUCAAAUUGACCUGCUAAAUGAUCUUGCAGAUGAAUACAAAGAUGAUCAGUUGAUUACUGAUUCAUUGGAAAGAUGUUUGUCCAAAUCAGGUUCGACAAGUGAUGAUGACCCCAUAAUAAAAGAAGAAGCUGAAACACUUGAAAAAGAUUUCGAAAAUGAAACAAGAAAGCAGAUUAAUUGGAGUGUUGAAAGAACACAAAAGGCUUUAGGAUGGACUAUAGCCGACAUCAAAAGAAUCAAUCCAGCUAUUUGCAUGCAUAGAAUUCUCAUGGAGGAUAAUUACAAGCCAAUAGUCCAACCCCAAAGGAGACUGAACCCAGCAAUGCAAGAAGUUGUCAAGAAAGAAGUGGUGAAACUUCUAGCAGCAGGUAUCAUUUACCCGAUAUCUGACAGCCCUUGGACACAGGAUGGAGAUUCUGUAUUGAUUACGAACUAA